UAGUAUACUGUAUGGGGGGAACCAAUUCCCAAUUCCCAUACCAGUUUCCCCUUCCAACAAAGACAAUUGCAGCAACGCACCGCACAGCACAGCACCGCUCUCUCUCUCUGUCUCCACAACCCAACCCAGCACCAGAAAUGGCAACAUCUCGUCCGGCGUCGAAGCCGCUGGAUCUGGUGCUGACGAUUGUCUCCGCGAAGAAUCUGAAGAACGUCAACUGGCGUAACGGCGACCUCAAGCCCUACGCCAUCUUCUGGGUGGAUUCAGAUCGCCGUCUGGCCACCAAGUCCGACGAUUCCGGCUCCACCCGCCCCGUCUGGAACGAGCACUUCGUCCUCCCCCUCUCCCUCCCUUUCCACGACUCCAUCCUCACCCUCGAAAUCUUUCACUCCAAACCCUCCGAGACCCCCAAGCCCUUAGUCGCCUCUCUCCGCCUCGCUCUCAAGGACCUCGCUGACCUGGACGAUUCCACUCAACUCAGAACCUUCGAUCUCCGCCGCCCCUCCGGCCGCCCCCACGGCAAGAUCCGCAUCAAGCUCUCCGUCCGCGACCGCCCUUUGCCUCCCCCUCCUGAUUACCAUAUUACCCCUCCCCCUUCCUAUUAUUUCUCAACUGCCCCUCCUCCUCCUCCCCCUCGCGACUACCGUGUCCCUGUGUCGUUGCCGUCUCCUUCUCCUUCUCCAUCUCCGCCGCCUCCUCAUUCGUAUCCAUACAGUGCCUAUUCUGAUCCCUAUUCGGGCUACUACUCCGGAUACUACUCUCAGCUGCCUCCGCCACCACCACCGCGACCUUUUUUCGAUAGGCAGCCCGGCUAUGGUGGACCGAGCGCACCGGUGGAUUACACGUCCUAUGAUCACAAGCAGAAGACUGGAAAGAUGGGUGCCUUUGGAGGAUUAGCCGUUGGAGCUGCCACUGGGGCCUUGGCUGGACUCGCUUUGGAUGAAGGGUUGAAGCACGAGGACGAGAAGGUUUCAGAGAGAGGCGACACUGACUUGGCUGCACGGGACGAUUACAGUGAUUAUCGUGUCGAUUAUGGACAUCAUUGAACUCCAGGGCUUGAGGCUUUACCAUGAGGUAAGAAGGUCUAUUGACUAAUGCAUAUGUAUAUAAGCUAUGUGGAUUUGGGACUUUUUAUGCUUUAAUGGUGUGUUUGGUUGAGCCAAGUAGAUUAAUUAAGAGUUUAUAUCCAUGAUAACAGCUUUGUUGACAUAUGUGAAUCUUCUGCCUAAGUAAUAAAGGUUAAGUCUUUAUGUUUGUGUUCU